CAAGGCAUUGGGGCGAAGGAACCGCCAGGCUGUCAAAGCUGCAGUAUAUCAUGGAUCUGCUGUCCAGUGUCCCAGAUUUCAAUGUAGUUGUGUUGGUGUCCUUGAGUGUAGUCCUUGUGGGUAAGCUGGUCCACAGCUACCUCCGGUAUACUCGCUGGGUAAAGGAGUAUGAUCUCCUUCCUGGAAGUCGGGAAACACACUGGUUCUGGGGUCACAUGCACUUGUAUCCUGGACCAAAUGAAAAGGGGUUGGCAUUCCAAAGAUUGCGUACACGUCAGUUUCCACUCUUCCAUCGGAUUUGGAUCAGCUUCUUUCGUUGUGUAUUAAUCUGCCACCAUCCAAAAUCUGUGAAGGUUAUACUGAAGACUUCAGAACCCAAACCUACUGAGCCUGGUACAUCCUAUGUGUUGGGUAAAAGAUGGCUGGGGAAUGGCCUACUUCUGGCAAACGGUAAAAGAUGGGCUAGAAAUAGACGACUACUGACUCCAGCUUUCCAUUUUGAUAUUUUACAACCUUACAUGUCUGUCUACAAUGAGGUCUCGGACACUUUACAGAGAAAAGUGGAGGACUGCUGUAAGAAAGGCCAGUCUUUUGAACUGUUUAACAAUAUUGGUAUGGCUUCCCUGGACAAUAUCCUUAGAUGUGCAUUUUCUUACAAAAGUGAUUGUCAGGUUCUAGGAGACAGCCAUCCUUAUGUAAAGGCCGUAAAUGAACUCAGUGACCUCUGGGUCUCAAGGUCACUGAAUAUAUUUCACUUCUUCGACUUUAUCUAUUUCCUGUCUGGAAGCGGCCGUCAAUUCAAAAAGUACACUGAUUAUGUUCAUUCUGUAGCGGAGGACAUUAUCCAGAAAAGACAGCAGACACUUGAAAAUGAAGGUCUACCAACUCAAACAAAUGGACGUAAAUCACGAUAUCUCGACUUCCUUGAUAUAUUGUUAACAGCAAAAGAUGAAAACAACGUAGGAAUGACACCAUUAGAAAUUCGUAACGAAGUGGACACUUUUCUUUUCGAAGGCCAUGAUACUACAACAAGUGCCAUGUGCUGGACGCUGUACUCGCUAGCCCAGCACCCGGAGUGGCAGCAAAAGAUCCAGGCUGAGGUGGACAGUAUCCUUGAGGGGAGGGACUCUGACUAUAUAGAAUGGAGCGACUUAGGAAAGUUGGAAAAUCUGACGUUGUGUAUAAAGGAAGGUCUGAGACUACAUUCACCUGUAUCUUUUAUACAACGAAACACCACACAGCCAUUUGUGGUCGAGGGAUACCAUAUACCUGUGGGGACCUCAGUAGCUAUUCAGAUCUACAACCUACAUCAUAACCCAGAUGUGUGGGAGGAUCCCAUGGAAUUCCGACCGGAACGCUUCCUUCCAGAAAACUCAGUCGGUCGCGAUUCUUAUGCGUUUGUUCCAUUCUCAGCUGGGCCUAGAAACUGCAUAGGUCAACAUUUUGCCAUGAAUGAACAAAAGGUCACACUUGCUCGGCUUCUGAGAAGGUUCACCCUGGAGUUAGACCCUGAACAUGAAGUGUCGAAGAAGAUUGGCAUCGUGAUGCGUUCUGCCAAUGGCAUCAAAGUUUUUGCAAAGCCAAGGAAACUAAUCAAAUAACGUAGUUUGAAUGAUAUCAAACAGGUUACCAAGGUUAAACCAAGGAAGCUCCCUUUAUUAGUUAGUGUAUAAACCAGUGAUUAAAUGAUACAAAAAAUCGUCAUAAAUAUCAUGUGUCCCUGAUGAGACACAUGUAGAACAUUCCUAAAUUUUAUAUCGAUGAUUGUUAGUUUAUUAUGAAAUGUUAGUGAUUAUUCAUUUAAUCUUUUACAAUUUUACAAUUACAAUUAAUAUGUAAUACUAUGUAUUGUCAGUGAUUUUAAAAUUAUAUCAUCAGAACAAAAUGAUUUUCAAAAAUGAAACAAAUGAGGGAGGAUACAUGUAUGUACUGGACAGGUGUUGUCUUUCUUAUAUCAAUGCAAAUCAUGAUAAAUAUAGUCAUAAAAUUAAAAACCAAAGAAUUUAUUAUUAUUAUUUUUUUACAUACAUAACUUGUGUAAUGUUUUUAGUUAAUGUUGAGUGUUGAUUUUAUGUGUUGGUCUUGUUUAAGACUUUAAUUGUUAUUAAAUGGCCCUAAUUAGAAAGAUGAUUUUUAUUGGUUUAGUACUGUCACAAAUAUUGUUUAUCCUCUCCAAAAAGGAAAUAAUUAAAAAAGGAAACGUUAACCGUGAUAGGUGUUAUAAAUCAUUAAUCAUCGUACUUUAUCUGGUGAUUGCUUUUACAAUUAUAAAUUUGUUGACUUUUUGAUUCAGGUUGUUUUGAUUUUUGAAAAUGAUAUGCUUAUAGCUUUAAAGCCACACACUCCCGAAGAAACAUAUAUCAAUGUUUACAUAUAUCAAUGUUUACAUUUUGAGCUUUUUACAGUUUUCGGAUUUGAUACAUACCUAACAGAUUAUCGUGAAUCAGAAACUGAAAG